AUGCAUUCUGGAAAUGAGAAGAAAAAUGAUAAAAAUCAUGUGAAGGAUGGAAUUAUUGAUUUAUUUGCUGGAACUUGUGGUGAGUGUUUUUGUGGGUGAAAAAUUUGGAAAAUUUCAUGAAAAAUGAGAUAAAACUCAACAUUUUUGAAGAAAAAUGAAAAUUUUGAUGAAAAUUUGGAAUUUUUUCCAUGAAAAUUCGAGAAAUUUGAUGAAAAAGUAGAUAAAGCUCGAAUUUUAGAAGAAAAAUUGAAAAUCCUGAUUUUCCUCACAAUCAGAUUUCUGAUAUGUUUGAGCAAAAUUGGAGCAUUUUCAGAUAAUAUCUGAAUUUACAGCGAAAUUUUUGAGCCAAGUCUAGAAACUCUUCAAAUUUUUAAGUCAAUGUCUCAAAAUGCCACGUCAUAGCUCAUUCCGGCUGAAAAUUUUCGUCUAAAUCUGAAUUUACAGCGAAAUUUUCAUUUAAAAAAAUGUUUUUCUUGAAAUUUGAAUUUCUAGCCAAAAAAUCACAAAAUUGUUGAGCCAAUUCUCAAAAAUGCCACGUCAAAGCUCAUUUCAGCUGAAAUUAACUGAAAAAUUAAUAAAAACAAGCCAAUUUUGCCACGUCAUAACUCAAAAUUUUCGCGCAGGUGGAAUCGCAAAUGUCUACGCUGGUCAACCAUUAGACACAGUCAAAGUAAAAGUCCAAACUUUCCCACAUUUAUAUUCAAAUUGGCGAGUUUGUCUAAAAGACACUUAUAAAUUGGACGGAAUACGUGGUUUAUACGCUGGAACACUGCCAGCUUUGGCUGCAAAUAUCGCUGAAAAUGCGAUUCUCUUCACAGCCUAUGGAUAUUGUCAAAAAACGGUGGCAAAAGUUAGCGGAACUCGAGAUGUUGCCGAGAUGUCACCGGUACAAAAUGCGAUUUCCGGAAGCUUCGCGGCGGUUUUUGCCGCGAUGGUUUUGUGUCCGACGGAAUUGGUCAAGUGUCGAUUGCAGGCGGCGAGAGAGAUGAAAUUGAAGUGCACACCGUUUUCGGUUUGUCGUGAUAUUGCGGCUGAGAAGGGGAUUCGUGGGUUUUUCACUGGAAUGACACCGACGCUGGCGAGAGAGGUGAUUUUUUUGAUACCAAACAUGAUUAGGGUUACUGUAGCCUGAAAAACUACAGUAAUCUCGGAUUUUUAAUGCCAAAAAAAGUGAAAAAGCCUUGAUUUUCCUCGGAAAAUUUUUGAAAAAUGAGAAUUUUCAUUUGAAAAAUAUUUGAAACGUAAAAUUUUUAGGAAAUUUAAUUUCCAUGAAAAUUUCAAUAAAAUUUCUGGAAAUGACCUGAAUUCAAUUUUUCACUGAAUUUCCAGCCUAAAAUUUUUAAUUUUGCACAAUUUUCGAAGAGAAUUUUUAUUUUAAAAAUAUUUGAAACAGUGAAUUUUUGGAAAUCAAAUUUUCAAUAAAUUUUUAAACCUAAAUCCAAUUUUUCACUGAAUUUCCAGCUUCAAAAUUUGAAUUUUGCAUAAUUUUCAAAGAGAAUUUUUAUUUGAAAAAUAUUUGAAACGUAAAAUUUUUGGGAGAUUUAAUUUUCAUGAAAAUCUCUGGAAAUGACCUAAAUUCAAUUUUUCACUGAAAAAUCUGAAUUUCCAGCCUAAAAUUUCGAAUUUUGCAUAAUUUUUAGUUAUUUGAACAAAUGGAAUAAUUUUAAUUUCAGUUAAUUUUUAUUUGCAAAAAAUUUGAAACAGUGGAUUUUCUAAAAACUAAAUUUCAUCAAAAAUUCUUUAAAAUUUCAAAAAAAUCUCGAGAGAUGACCUAAAUUCAAUUUUUACAGAAAAAUCUGAUUUUCCAGCCUAAAAUUUCGAAUUUUGCAUAAUUUUACUAGGAUUUGACCCCAAAAACUACAGUAAUCUCGGAUUUUUAACGCCAAAAAAAUUGAAAAAGCCUUGAUUUUCCGCCGAAAAAUAAAGUGAAUUAAGAAUUUUCUUCGCAAAAUUUUUGAAAAAUUAGAAUUUUUAUUUGAAAAAAUUUGAAACAGUGAAUUUUUGGAAAUCAAAUUUUCAAUAAAAUUUUUAACCUAAAUUUAAUUUUUCACUGAAUUUCCAGCUUCAAAAUUUCGAAUUUUGCACAAUUUUCAAAGAGAAUUUUAAUUUGAAAAAUAUUUGAAACGCACACCUCGGCCAAGCCGUCGCUGGCCAGAAUACAAUUUUUUGAAAAAAUCUGAAUUUCAGUUUUUAGAGGUCAAAAACUGGAAAAAUUCACAAUUUUUGUACUGUAAAAUGUUAGCGUUCAAUUUUUAUUGUGAAAACCACGAUUUUGGCCGAGGUGUGUUGAAACGUAAAAUUUUCGGGAAAUUUAAUUUCCAUGAAAAUUUCAAUAAAAUUUCGGGAGAUGACCUAAAGGAAUUGAGAGUUAGUGCAACUUUUGCGGCUGAAAAUCCUGAUUUUCAGACUUCUAGAUCAGAUUUCCGCGCUGGAAACGCUGGAAUCGUUGAUUUUCAGCGAUUUUCAGUGAUUCCAGCGUUUUCAGCGCAAAAUUUUAGCCAGGAAACUUUCUUCCAGCUAAAUAUAAGCUAGAAAAAGUUAUCCAAAGUCUGUUAUCAAAGAAAUCUGGAUUCCCAAAAUUCCCGGCUGAAUUUUUGUGCUGAAAACGAUGAAAUUGUUGAUUUUCAGCGAUUUUCAGUGCUUCCAGCAUUUUCAGCACAAAAUUUUGAUCUAGAAACUUUUUUCAGCAAAAAAAUUGGGCUGAAAAAAACUAUCCAAACUGUUUUUGGCUGAAAAUCCAGAUUUUCAGAUUUCAAAAUUUCGAAUUUUGCAUAAUUUUUCUAGGGCAAAGUUUGUUCAUAUUGGAAAAAAUUUCAGUGAAUUUUUAUUUGAAAAAUAUUUGAAAUGUAUAAUUUUUGGGAAAUUUAAUUUCCAUGAAAAUUGCAAUAAAAUCUCUGGAAAUGACCUAAAUUUGAUAAAAUCUGAAUUUCCAGCUUCAAAAUUCGAAUUUUGCAUAAUUUUUAGUUCUUUCAACUAGUGAAAUUAUUUCAAUUCCAGUUAAUUUUUAUUUGAAAAAUAUUUGAAACGUAUAAUUUUUGGGAUAUUUAAUUUCCAUGAAAAUUUCAAUAAAAUCUCUGGAAAUGACCUAAAUUCAAUUUUCAAUGAAUUUCCAGUUUCAAAAUGCGAAUUUUGCACAAUUUUCGAAGAGAAUUUUUAUUUGAAAAAAUUUGAAACGUAAAAUUUUUUUGGAAAUUUUUUUCAUAAAAAAUUCAGAAGCUGAAUUUUUCGCUCAUCAAAAAAAAUAUAUGUUGAAAAUCCCCAAUUUUUGCAGGUUCCCGGUUAUUUCUUCUUCUUCGGAGCCUACGAAACAUCUCGAUAUCUAUUGACAAAAGAAGGGCAGAAAAAAGAUGACAUCGGAUUGUUCCGCACUGGUUUAUCGGGUUCAAUUGGUGGAAUGGCACUUUGGACAUCGAUUUAUCCGGCUGAUGUUGUCAAAUCGAGAAUGCAAGUUAGCGGAAAUGGCACUUUUAUGUCGACAUUGAAGGAUGUUGUCAAAGAGAAUGGUGGGUGGUUUUUCGGAAUUUUUUUGCUGAAAAAAUAGCACAUUUUCAACCUUGGGAAAUACAGGAAAAUAAAAAAUUUUCAAAAAAAAUUCACUAAAAUUUUUCGCUGGUUCAUGGUUUCCAUAUUAUCCGAAAAAUUGCGCAAAAUUCGAAAAAUUCAGUUUUCAUUGAAAAAAUUAAAUUUAGGUCAUCUCCCUAAUUUUUUGAGAUUUUAGAGAAUUUUUGAUGAGAUUUGGUUCUUAGAAAAUUCACUGUUUCAAUUAUUUUUUAAAUAAAAAUUCACCAGAAUUAAAAUAUUACACCAUAUGAUUUCAAUGAAAAUUUAGCAAAAUUCAAAAUUUUAAGCUCGAAAUUCAGUUUUUAUUGUGAAAAAAUUGAGCUCACGUGAUCUACCGAGCUUUCGUGAAAUUUUGAAGAAUUUUAUAUGAGAUUUGAUUUUCUGAAAAUUCACUGUUUCAAAUAUUUUUAUUAGAAAAAUAUUGGUUUUAAAAUUCAAUUCGGUGAAAUUUUCUGAAUCUCGAAAAAUUCAGUUUUUAUUGUAAAACCUUGAACUUAUUUCGAUUUUUCGUGAGAUUUCAGAGAAUUUUUGAAUUUUUAUUUCCAAAAAAUUCACUGUUUCAAAUAUUUUUCAAAUAAAAAUUCACCAAAAUUAAAAUAUUAAAUACACCAAUUUAAUAUUUUAAAAUUUAUGCAAAAAUUGAAUUUUUAAGCUCGAAAUUCAGUUUUUUUUGUAGAAAAUAAAAUUUGGGUCAUCUCCCAAAUUUUUUUUGAGAUUUUAAAGAAUUUUUGAUGAAAUUUGAUUUCCAAAAAAUUCACUGUUUCAAUUAUUUUUCUAAUAAAAAUUUGCUGAAAUUAAAUUAUUGAUAGUUUUCAUAUUUGUUGGGAUUUACUCAUUGAUUUCAUUUUCACUCAGGGUUUUCAAUUUUUGGAAAAAAACAAUUCCCAGAAAAUUCACUGUUUCAAAUAUUCUUGAUAAAAAAUAUGGGAUUUGAAGUUCAGUGCAGAUUCUUUUGUUAUCGCAAAAAAGGGUGAAUAAAAAAAAAUUUUUUGAAAAUUUUCUCAGAAAAAAUAAAAUUCACUGUUUCAAAUAUUUUUAAUAGAAAAAUAUUGGUUUCUAAAUUCAGUCACAUCUAGUAUCGCUUUAAUCAUCUGAAAAAUUUGAACAAAAAAACUGCCGGGAAAAUACUCAUCCAAUUAAAAUUCAAAUUUUGUUUUCCAGGAAUUCGUGGCCUUUACAAAGGUCUUCUUCCAACAAAUAUUCGAUCAAUGCUCGCUUCUGGAUGUCUUUUUAUCACCUAUGAAGAAUCCAGGAAAUUUAUGCAUAUGAUUUUCUAA